AUGUCUUCUAAUCCUAUUAAUCCUAAUCAAGAUCCUGAAAAUAAAAGGUGUAUGGUGAUUGCCUUAUCAGCCAAAAAUAAGUUGUCUUUCAUCAAUGGCCACAUUCCUAAACCAUCUAAUGAUGAUUCUUGUUAUCAGCCUUGGAUCAGAUGCAAUGACAUGAUAACCACUUGGAUUCUCUUCAAUUUAGACACUCAAAUUGCCAAAAGUUUGCAUGAUAUCAGUCAAGUUUGGGAUGAACUUUCAGCUGUGAAUCCACUUCCUUACUGCACUUGUCAAAAAUGUACUUGCGAUCUGACCAAAAGAGUUCUCACACAGCAGCAAGAUCAGAGACUCAUGCAAUUCAUGAUGAAGUUGAAUGAUAAUUUAUCUAGUGUAAGAGGUAAUAUCCUUAUGAUGAGCCCACUACCUAACAUUUCUCAAGCAUACAGACUUUUCACUCAGGAGGAGACUCACAAAGAGCUAUCUCAUUCAAAUACUGAGUCAAUGGCUUUUCAAGCUAAUAGGUCUCAAGCUUCUGAUUCUAGAAAUUUCGCUAAUAGAUGGAAUUCUAGACAGGACAGUGGUGGUAAUAGGUGGAACUCUGGUUCUAAUUCCUUCAACAACAACAACAACUCUAAGAACAGGUUCAAUAACCAAAACAAAAGGCCUGCUUCUUCCUAUUACUGCACUCGCUGCAAAAUUCCUGGACAUAGCUAUGAGAGAUGUUUCGAGGUUCAUGGAUUUCCUCCAUUUUUUAAAGAUUUCAAAGACAAAAAAAUAGCAGCAACUGUGCAAGGUGAUAUUGGCGACACUUCUAGAGCUGAUUCCAAUAAGGACAUUCCUACUUAUGAGCAGUAG